AUGCAGUCGCAGCCACAUGCAGUCGCAGCCACACGCAGUCGCAGCCACACGCAGUUGCAGCCACACGCAGUCGCAGCCACACGCAGUCGCAGCCACAGCCACACGCAGUCGCAGCCACACGCAGUUGCAGCCACAGCCACAUGCAGUCGCAGCCACAUGCAGUUGCAGCCACAUGCAGUCGCACGCAGUCUCCGCCACAUGCAGUCUCCGCCACAUGCAGUCUCCGCCACAUGCAGUCUCCGCCACAUGCAGUCGCAGCCACAGCCACAUGCAGUCUCAGCCACAUGCAGUCGCAGCCACAGCCACAUGCAGUCGCAGCCACAGCCACAUGCAGUCUCCGCCACAUGCAGUCUCUAG